CGUACAUGCUUGUUGCCGGGGUGACGUCAGAGCCCGUUAGCAAGAAAGCUAACACGGCACUCAUUGUCAACUAAUAAUGAGCACAUUAGUUGUAAUAGGACGUUAAAGGUCUAGUAAGAAGAUCAUCCACAUGAGUGUUGAAUCACUAAGGUGGUGAUUUGAAAAUGCAUCAGUGCCCCGUUUGUCCAAAAUCUUUCCCGUCGCCAUAUAAACUUCAGAGACAUCAUGUCAUCCAUACUGGCCAGAAGCCGUUCAUCUGUAAAAUCUGUGGAAAAGCCUUCACGCAGUCCGAGCAUUUAAAAACACAUGUGCAGAAGGUCCACGAUUCACGGCUUCCAACAGGCAGUCUACGGGAUGGCAUUUUAACAAAUGACCAAAAAACAAACUGUGAUAAACCAGCUGCAGGGAUGAACACACAUGGCAGUAGUAAUUAUGCUAUAAUGCCAUCAGGUGUGUCUUUCUCUGUGGCCUCCCAGCCAGAAUGGAAAAACCGUUUAACUCACAAAUUUUUGCUUCCUUUGUCUGAGACUGGAAAUCCACCCAAAAAUAUGCCACAUGUAAAUGGUGGCUCAGUGACCCAGAGCAGUAUCUCAUAUGAUAUGGAUCCAAUACAUAAGGAUCAAGUUGAUUCUGCAAAUAUGGACACAUCUGUAUGCAAUGCCCACAAUGGAUACACCUGCAAAAUCUGCUUGAAGUCAUUUAGUUCAUCUCUUCAGCUUUGGAUUCACUUACCAACUCAUGACAAACCAAAACCAUUUGAGAGGAGCCAAACUUUUUCGAAGAACGCCCAUGCGAGUCAGUCACAGUCACAAGAAGUGUGCUCCAGGAGAAGCCAAAUGACUCUGAAACACCAGUGUCCUAAAUGUCUUAAAAACUUUUGUUCACCAUCCAAAUUACAACGACAUUUUCUUAUUCAUACGGGCCAGAAACCCUUCUCAUGUACAAUCUGCUGGAAAGCCUUCAGGCAAAAGGUACACUUGAAAUCUCAUUUAAGCUCAGCAAAUAAAUGUUCACUUUCUGCAAUCAGUGCAAGGAAAAGACAGAAGCUUUGCAAUGACAGUCAAACCUCAGUUUUGCAGCCUCAGUCAUCACUUCAGCGAUGCACCAGUCAUAAGACUCCUGUGAACUCAUCAGUGGAACUCAAGCUACAAUGUAAAAUAAGUGUAAAUACUGUGCAGGACCUGAACAAGACUGAAAUCAAGUUGGAUGCACUCGUUAAACCAGAACAACCAUCAAAUACAAGAAGUCAGUGUCAGGAUAUUUGUAAUAAGUCAGGUGAACAAGAGCCACAACACAUGACUCAAAAAGAUAUGAAACCAUUCCAGUGUAUGAUCUGCAACAGAUCAUUUUGGUUGGAAGUUAAUUUAAUACGUCAUCAUAAAAUUCAUAGGAAACAAAAAGAACUGGGAAGUCCUACUCCGGUGCAAGACAGUAAUGAAGUGAAAAUGUCUGAUUCUGAAGCAGUAGAACGUUUACCUGAAGCUAGUAGUGCAGACUCCAUUGACUUGAAUGUCAUUGUUAAACCGGAAAGAUGGAGGGAAAAUUGCAAUAACUCUUUUCCUCAAGAUGCUGCGUUAAUUGCAUCAGCAGAACAGCAGAGGGACACCUGCCAAGCCACCAGUAAGCAGCAGAGAACCAGCACUUUACAUCAGUGCCAUACAUGUUCAAAAUGUUUUCCAUCUGGAUCAAAACUUCAGAGGCACAUGAUGACUCAUACCGGACAAAGGCCCUUUGGCUGUGAGAUGUGUGGAAAGAGAUUUCGGCAGAAAACGCACUUGAGGGUCCAUUGUCGCACUCACCUGUGGUCCAGAUAUCAGAAACAGCGAUCACUGUAUAUCAGUUGGCCGCCUUCGCGCAUAGGUGGGUUUAACACAAGGACUGCAGCCGACGUUCCGAUCCAGGAAGUGUUAGCACAUAAAAAGGAUGUUGAGACACACACUGGCAGUGAUGUACUCUCUACAAAACACCUGGAUCAGACCCCUUCUAUAUUAAUUGUUCAGAAUAAUGACAGGAGAGAAUCGGAGAACAUAUUGUUGCCAGAUACCUCAGACAGAAAUGAGGUUUUGCACUUGAGAAAGGUUUCUAAAGUUAAUGCGAAAAGGACACAGACUGCUAAAUCACUGCAAAAUCAAGGGAACAUACAACACAAGUGCUUCCAGUGUUUAAAGUGUUUUCCAAGUGCCUCUAAAUUACAAAGACAUGAGAUGGUACACACAGGCUUGAAACCAUUUCAGUGCCCUACGUGUGGGAAAGCUUUUAGGCAAGCUUCACAUCUGAAAACCCAUGAAGGAAUACACUGUAAGAGGAAACCAUCCAAACCAGUCAAUCAACAGGUGAAAAUCAGAAAAUUGAAAAUGAAUAGUCAACAGCAGCUUUACAGGAGGAUCAAUGUUAAUUUCCCACCUCAGCAGAAUUCUGUAAGCACAGACAUUACACAUUCAGUUUUUGAUGGUGCAGUAAGUAAAGGAGAAAGUGUGAUGCUCUGCACCAGGCGUAAACUUCCUAUCACAAAAGUGAAUGGUCUCUUUAAGACAAACACUAAAACUAAUACUUGUCAAAAAAAGAAACUUCACAUAUGCCGAAUAUGCUGUAAGAACUUUGCUUCUCCAUACAAGCUCUCAAGGCACUUGGUCACUCACUCUGGGAUAAGGCCAUAUAAAUGCACUUUGUGCAGCAAAACCUUCACACAACGUGGCCAUCUAAAAGUUCAUGAGCACAGAUGCGGACAGGGUAACAGGAUCUCAGGUUAUACUCAAACAGAAAUGAUAAAUACCAACCAUCUCCAGGAUGAAUGCACUGAAAAACUUACUGACUGUACAGAUUUGGAUGUGAGUGCAAUAAGGGAACAGAGAGAGUCACAUUAUACCAGUGUUGGUGAUUACACAGUAACUGAUGGAGAUUUAUCUUAUUGCACAGAGGCAAUAGACACUGAAUGGCUGGCAGUACCAGAAGUAGGCUUACAAGAGGAGAAUAAUGAAUCGGAGAAAAUGCAGAAUAAAUACUGCGAUCAAGUUACAGACAUCUAUGACCAGGCUACAGACCAUUAUAGUUAUUCAUUUCCCUCUGAGCUUGCCUAUGAAAUAAACAAGCUUGUCCAAAAUCAGAACAUGGCAGCUCCACCUUUGUCACAUCAGUAUGAGGAUAAUGCACAUAAUGUAGAAAUACCAUGUCUACAUAAAGAAGUUACAGCUUUUUCAGAUAGCAACAACCUGGUCGGUGAUGAGCAUGUGAGUUCUGUGGAUGAGAAUCAAAUCCAGGCAGAUUUCCCAGAUGACUACUGGUGUGAACCACUAAUUGUUUUUGAAUGUGACAAGUGCACUGCAAGUUUUAUUUGUGAAAAUGAUCUUGAGCAGCAUCUUUGUUCAACUCAUAUUCAGCCUAAAAUGGCAGAGUCAGCCCAGAAGAAUCAUUGUGACAUUUGCUUCAAAUAUUUUGUCUCUCCCUCUAAACUUAAGAGGCAUUAUCUUAUUCACACAGGUCAGAGGCCAUUUAGGUGUGACAUUUGUGGCAAAACUUUCACACAGUCAGCACAUGUCAGAACACACAGACUGACUCACUGAUUAUCAAAUGUUACUGUGUGAUGUUUGCUUUUUUGUGUAAAAUGGUGUAUAUGAUAAUCACCAUUUGUCAUUUUUAUGAUGUUUGUAUAUAAUGGUAUGUAUGUAAAGUACAUAAAUACCGUUAGUGAGUAAAAUAAUGUAUUAUAUUUUUCCUGUUUUUCCUGUCUCAUAUAUUACAUUUUGAAACUUGUUUUAUUUG